AUGGAUACCAACGUGCGUGGUCAGCAUCAAAACCUUGCCCGUGACGCAUCAAUCGACAUGAUCGUUCGGCGCGUCAUCGCGAUAAUGAAGACCAUACCGGAAAAAUGGUGGCUUGAAGGAGACUUCCAGGGCUUUGUCGGAAAACUUGCCAAACGACAAUAUCAUGAGUAA